UGCUGGCUCUGCUGGGACCAUGUCUGUGACCUUUGCCCUCCUGCUGCUCCUGAGCCUGGCCACCUCUGACCUGGACCCUUGCUAUGAUCCCGGGGGCCGCGCUCGCUUCUGCCUCCCGCCUGUGACACAGUUGGCCAGGGGCAGCUCGCCUGCGUGUCCCCAGGCCUGUGCCCUCCCCGCGGGGGACGGCCCUGGUGCCCCCUGCAACGGUAGCCUGACCCUGGACCUGGAUGGCCCCUUCCUCCUGACGGCGGUCAGCUUGCGCUUCUGCACCCCAGGACCCCCAGCCCUCAUCCUGUCUGCUGCCUGGGCCUUGGGCGGCCCCUGGAGGCCCCUGUGGCGCAGGCCCCCCUGGCCAGGGGCCCUGGGGGGGCCUGAGAGGGUGGCCUUCCGCUCCCCACCCGGCCAGAAGGCCAGGCUGGCGGCCAGAUACCUCCGCGUAGAGUUUGGGGGCCGGGCAGGGCUGGCAGCUGCUGGGGUGCGAGGCCGCUGCCAGUGCCACGGCCACGCUGCCCGCUGUGCUGCCCGCGCCCGGCCCCCUCGCUGCCGCUGCCGCCACCACACCGCGGGCCCCGGAUGCGAGAGCUGCCGCCCUUCCCAUCGGGACCGGCCCUGGAGGCCGGCCACACCCCAGCACCCCCACCCCUGCCUGCCCUGCUCCUGCAACCAGCAUGCCCGCCGCUGCCGGUUCAACGCGGAGCUGUUCAGGCUGUCGGGAGGCCGAAGUGGGGGCGUGUGUGAGCGCUGCCGCCACCACACAGCCGGGAGACACUGCCACUACUGCCGGCCAGGCUUCUGGAGGGACCCUAGCCAAAGCAUCACCAGCCGCAAGGCCUGCAGGGCCUGUCAGUGCCACCCUAUUGGGGCAACGGGAGGCACCUGCAACCAGACCAGCGGGCAGUGCUCCUGCAAGUUAGGGGUCACAGGCCUGACGUGCAACCGCUGUGGCCCUGGCUACCAGCAGAGCCGCUCCCCGAGGAUGCCCUGCCAGCGUAUUCCAGAAGCAACUACCACCCUCGCCACCACCCCUAGGGCUUCCAGCUCUGACCCUCAGUGUCAAAACUACUGCAAUGUCUCAGACACCAGAGUGCACAUGAGCCUUCAGAGAUACUGCCAGCAGGAGUAUGUUGUGCGCGCACAGGUGCUGGCGGCGGAGGAGGCGGUGGUGGGCUCGGCGUGGCGGCGGCUGGCCGUCCGUGUGCUGACCGUGUAUAAGCAGCAGGCACGGCCGGUGCGCCCUGGCAGCCAGGAGGCGUGGGUGCCCCGCGCCGACUUGGCCUGCGGCUGCUUGCGCCUGCGGCCAGGCACCGACUACCUGCUGCUGGGCGGCGCGGCGGCGGGAGGCCCCGACCCCGCGCGCCUGGUCCUCGACCGCCGCGGCCUCGCCCUGCCCUGGAGACCGCGCUGGGCCCGGCCGCUGCGGCGGCUGCAGCGGGAGGAGCGCGCCGGUGGCUGCCUCGGUUUGCGGCCUCCGACCCCGAACCCCAAGUCUCAACACGAACUGGGCCCCCAAAACUGA